AUGGCCCUACGUCUGAGGAGCAGCAAGGAUGUCAAGAAGAGCUCGUACUACGUUUGGUACCUGGGCGCGAGGGAGGCCAAGGGGGUGGACGCGAUGCCCGGUGCCAUAGCUUACCUGCUCGAGCGGGAACGGCUUCAGGAGCCUUUCAAGGUCACGCUGCAGGUGAGCAACAAGGGUCUGAAGAUCAUACAGACGGUACAUCUGGGAGGUUCUACGAGGUCGGCCGUUAAACAUUUGGUACCAGGACACGCGGUACUUGCGGCCGUGCAACGGGAGGACGUCGUCGCGGCGACUCUUUUGCUACCGAAUCCGGCUACCAACAAUCCUGUCCACGUGCACGCCUACAGAUGCGACUCGGUCGAGACGGCCGAACUAUUGGGCAGCCAGCUGAAAGCACUGGCGUCGCACUCGGACAAUUUGGCCAGAGUUACCUCGCUCGAGGGCCGAGUACGUAGCAAUUUGGGUAGCGAUGGCAGGAGUACCAGAGAGUCCGAGUCCUCCGAAGGCAGUGGUGAACUCAGACACGAUCCCGUGCAGACCACCACGAUAUACGAGUCUUUGGCGGCCGAGUUACGCGCGAAAUUAGGCAGAGGGAAUUCCGGGGACAACGACGUUGGACCGAUACUACUGCCUCCGCGGGAUUACGAUACGGUCCACAGACACCGUGGCAAUCUGACUGGCAUCGAGUUCCGGCGUUGCCUGAAUCAAACGAUCGUUGGUGGUAGUACGACGAUUGACAGAGGCGGCACGAGAAGUGCUGCCAGCAGCGGCAUAGGCUCGGACAGCGCAGCUACGCCCCCACCUUAUCAGAGCCAUCAUCCUUUGGGCCCGAGACCAUCCAGACCAUCCAGAGAUUCUUCCUCGGACGACGACUGGGGAGCACCAACAGAGGAGAACGAAUAUCUCCCCGAGGCAGAGACAACGACCACGAGUUUAACGCUGCCACGGCUACCGAGAAGCCCGGAAAGAUUGCCGAGCCAGGUCAACAGAGGCGUUUCACCGAGUUGCAACAGAAGCCGCAGGGCUCCAGAAUUCAGGCAACGAUCGCCGAGCCCUCAAUACCAGCCCAGAAUGAGCCCCGGCGAGGUGACCAGUCCCAGGGAGAGAUUCCAGGAUGCCAAGGAGAUGUUCCGAGCAAUGGAGAGAGAGGCCAUCGCCAGGCCUGUCCUUUCCAGGCAGAGAGAAGUUGAAAGUCAUCCCGUUCACAGGGUCGAGUCGGCCAGGCAAGCCCACGAUGAUCAUCUGGGAAGACACCAUCCAGUCAUCAAUAGUUCGACGACUGGCCACGAACACCUGAUCAGACGGAAUCAUUCGGAAGUAUCGGAACGAGAGAACGAUAUUCCUUACAGAGCUCGGCCACGGCCGCGAACCCAUCAUUAUGCGAUGGAACGCCCACCGGAGCAAGAGGUCUCGAGGCCCCGGCCGAGAAGCUGCUACGAAAACCCGUCGGUUGGACGGGACUUCCGAGAUCAAAGGAACGUCGUCGUCGAUCCGAGAGAAGUCCGCGACUUCCGGGAUCGCGCGCACGUGCGGGAAAUACGUGAAAAGGUGCGGGCCAGGGCGACAACUUAUCAGGAGCUUUCAGAGCACGAAAGAUAUCCUGGUCUGGAUCGCGAAAGCGCGAGACCACCCCUCGAGAUCGUACCCACCCCAGGAAGAUACCGACACAGCUACGCCGAGCCACCGAGACUCGGUCUGGCCGCGCUUCAUCCCUACUGA